UGGAUGGGGGUCUCCCAUGCAUGUACAGUGCCAGUUGUAUUCAGAAACUGUAGUUAAUUGAGACGAUUGUUUUGGGACUUUACGUUAGGGAGGAGGAGGAGGUGCCUGCCUUUCUCUCUCGGGGAAACUCUUUUACCUGUAGUUUCCCCGCGAUGGAUUUACACAUGGUGAUUUGUGCGAUAGAACAAUUUUGUGCAAGUCUGUCACCGUGGAGAAGCAAACCUAUGAGGCCCAAUGGAAUCUGCUUUAAUGGCUGCUGUGGCGGAGCAGCAUCAGAGAGGUGAGGAUUUGGAAAUGGACCACUUAAGUAGGGGGGAAGAAGGAGGAAAUGGAGUGAUCGAUGGGAAUAGUUACGAUGGUACUGCAUUAUUACUCGAAGAUAAUGCAGAACCUGGUGGAAAUGGAGAGGAAGUUCGGGAGAUGAGUGUAGAAAGAGGCGCUGAGGAUAGGGACACACUCAGCAGUGGCUUAAAUCAGUUGGGGGAGCAUACAGAUGAUGCUGCUGUCAUUGUUCCUCCAGAGCCUCCUGAUUUAUUACAAGGACUGCCUCAUAAGGUAAAUGGGGCUGUCAUUAGAAGAGUAUCAUAUCCUGGUGCAGCUGGCAAGCAUGCUUUGCGUCAGCAAGCAAGGAGGCGAAGACGUAACACGUCCAUUGCUGCGGGGAAUUCCCCCCCAAUUACACGUGUGACAAUGAAGAGUGUAGCGGCUACCUCCCCUAACCAAGGAACACAGUGUGUGCAUCCUGUUGGGGGAACAGCAACUGCCUUAACGUCAGGAUCAUCUCCUCCUCUUGCCUUCACUUCUGUGUCAACACCAGGAUCACCCCUUCUACUUCCAGGCACUCUAAUCACAUCAACUGGCUCACCCACUAGAUUGUGUGCAACAGCCAAAUCCCCACCUUCCUCAUUUACACCAAACAAAAGUAGUCACUCACCAAACCAAGUAUCUGGCACAAGACCAACUACAAAAAGUUGUAUGUCCUCAGGCCAACAGCAUACUCAGGCUAUUCGAGUCAGUUCUCGAAUAGCAAACAGCAAUGCUGCAGCAGCAGCUGCGGCUGCUAAUGGAACUCAGACUACUGUUGGGUCCUCAGUUAUUUCUGGGAACUCACAAACAACUGGUACUUUUGUGAAUUCAUCAUCAGGUAGCCAAGCAUCCAGAGUCGUUAGAGUACCAGCAUCUCAGUCUUCACCUUCAGCACGUGAUGCUGCAUCUCCGUCAAUGACUACUAUGCAGACAUAUCUUGCUGCUAUUCCUGGAUUUAAACCCAGAAAAAGAUCUCAGCGCAAGUUGUCAGCUGCUGCACAACUUGCGCAGACCAAGGAAGGUAAUGUGGAUUUGGAAACGCCAGACUCCAUAUUGGCUGGGUUAAACUUAAGAGCAAUCUUGAACAAGCACACAUUUUCAAGUUUGCCUCCAGCUUAUCAGCAUCGCCUCACUCAGCUGUUGCCUCUCGUUGAUCAAAGUGUGGGAAUUGAUAACACUUUCAAAGUAUCAGCAACUGGCCUCAACAAUGAAUUCUUUGGUCGUGCUUGUGAGUCGUGGAGGUGCCGUCUUGGUGAAGGCGAAUUUACUCAUGACAACCAAGUCAAGCUCAAGGUGGAAGCAGAAAAGGAGCGCACAAAGUUAGAUCCAUGGAAGGUUGCCCACUUUGAGCCUCUAUGGGGUGUUAAGCAAGGUUGGGCCAGCAGUUUGGAAGGAGAAGGGAGUAUUAGUAGCCCUUCUUCACCUUCAGCUGGUACCCUACCAGUGUCACCCCCAGAUCUCUCUCUUGCGGCACCAGCCUUCACCUCGAAUUUUACAGAAGAGCACUUAGUUAAACUUAAAAAGGUGGUGGAACACAUAGCAAACCGCAACCAGCGAAGAGCUGAAAGACGCGCAGCUAGGCGUGCUGCCAGGGAGAAAAAGAUGGCUGAGGAAACCAGUGCUAGUAGUGUUCUUGAAGAUUCUACUCCUUCUUUCCCUUCAACCCCGUCGGUGGCCAGUACUUCGUGCUCUUCUCCUCCUGGAAAUUAUGUUAUUUCUCCUUGUGGUGUUAUUCCAAGUAGUAGUAGUCCUUGUGUGUUGGCAAGCUCCUCCUUUUCAUUAAUCCCCAGCAACCGGAAUAAUUUAGUAACAGUGAUGAGUGGAUGUCAGCCAACAUCACCAUUAGAGGACAAAUUGUCAUCUUCACCUCCUACUCAGAUGAUUACCAUAGACUCUAGUAAUAAUUCCAAGGAUGGGCUGAAGAGAAAAGAUCCUCUCCCAGUUCCUAGUUCUGUAACUGUUAAAAAGAUAGGUAUAGAUGGACAAAAAUGCAUCAUUGCAAAACCUGUACCUACUCCAGUUUCUUGCCAGAGACAAAUUGGGAGUAAUGUUAGUGUUUCGAGUGAUGUACCACGAUCAAAGGUACCAGCAGUGGUAACAGCAGUGACAACAGCUCUGAUGUCUAACCCGGCAGUGUCUGUUGCCAGGACUGUUCCAAAUAAUAAUUUAAAGAUGCUCAAUCCAGUGGUAAUCUCACAGCCUGCAAAAGCUACAUCUGGCAAAGCAGCUGCUUCAACAGUAGUGGUAGUGAGUGCUCCAUCACCCACAUCAAGCAGCCCUGUCGUGGUUGCAAAUCCCCUAAUGUCUCCAGCUGCUAGGAUAUCCCCUAUGAGAGUCUCUCCAGGACCAGGAACGCCUUCUAGACUCUCGCCAGUCGUUCAAGUACUUUCACCAGCCAUUUCCUUAGCGACAUCUCCGAGUCCACCUAUUCCUAGGGCAGUAAUGGUUGCUGGUACCUCAAGACAGAUUGACCAGUCAGGAAAUCGGGUACCAGCUGCUGUUGUUAGUCCUUCUUCCAAAGCCAUUGUGCCCGCUGUGCCAUCUGUGACACAUGCCAGCGUGCCAUCUAAAAUGAAAAGCAUAAAAACACUACCUCAGCCCAUAUGUGGUGGAACAGUGAUCAAGGUGAGCAAAAGUCCAGGGGGAGUCAACAUCCAGAGAUCGUAUGAGAUUGUCCAGGAGGUCAUAGCCAAUAGCCCCAAUAAAGAACAGCUUCAAGCUCAGUUGAAACCUCCUUCAGCAUUGCUUGCAGAAGUUAAACCACCCAUCAGCAGCAGUUCUCAUGGGGCUCUUGCAUCUACUACCAUGACAAGCAAUAAUAGUAGUAGCAGUAGUCACGUGUUAGUCCAGGCUGCUCCUCAAACCCACCAGCUUUCAGCAAUUGCAGUGGUGAAAGCUGUCCAUAAUAGUACUAGUAACAAUGUCAACCCAGUGCAGGGGACCCAGCUUGUGGCUGCGCCUGGAACGCGAUUCAUUCGUCAAGUGGCACUACCCAUGGCAAGCGACACUGCUACCUCCUUGGCACCACCCCCAGGACCAUCUACAGGGACCGUAGUCCUUCGUCAAGUGGUUGCAUCACAGCCACCAACAUCCCAGGUACCCUUGUCCCCCACCAGUAGAAGCACUACUUCAUCAUUUGUUUUGGAAAAACAGCAACAGCAGGAGGUAUGUGAGGGAAGUAUGGCACCACCCGCAGCUACUUCCCGGCCCAUCACCAUUCUUCGGCCACCAGCAGGCAGAGGAAAACCCAUAAUUGUGAGAAGAACAAGCUUCCAACUCUUGAGAUUGGAAUCUUUGCCAACAGUGAAUGGAGAUAUAAUUGAACAACAACACCAGCAGCCACCAAGAGCAUCAAGUGCACCACCCAACAAAAGUAGUGGAAUGAUGUCUCUCUCACCACGUCCAUCAAGUGUAGGACCUAGGAUAGUUGUUCACACAACGAGCCCUCAAGGUUCCCCCACCACAAUAUUAUCUCCUGCUGGUCCGCAUUUUUUAUCCGAAGGUGACCCCAGUUCAGGUGUAAGUAGCUGUGACAGCAAUCAGCUUGUCAUGACACGGACUGGGGCAGUUAGUAAUCCGUUGGAAGUUAGAAAUCUGAAUGAGACGUUGGAAGAUGGAGAGCCACAACUGCAUAUUGCAGCAACAGUUGCCUCACCAACAAGUGUCGUGAAUAUGUCAGAGAGCGUUGGUCAGCUUACAGCAGUAGCUACUAUUACCCCCACUUCUGCAGCUGCUGCAACCCAGAAUCUCAUCUCUGUUAUUUCACAAAACCAUCAACAACAAGAGCAGCAGGUCCAGCAGCAACAACUUCAACAGCAGCAACAACAACAUCAACAGCAGCACCAGCAGCAGCAGCAACAACAACAGCAGCAGCAGCAGCAGCAGAUGCAGUUACAUCAACAAAAGCAGAUUCAGGUGCAACAACAGCAACAACCACAAAUACAACAACUGCAACAUCAACAGUUGCAGCAGCAACAGCUGCAGCAACACCACCAGCAAGCACAGCUCCAACAAGUGCAGUCUCACAUGAACAACAUCAGGCCAAAUGCUGUUCGUAUGAUGAACAAUAUGUCUCACAUGAAUAUGCACAAUAUAAAUAGCAUGCACAAUAUGAAUAUGAAUCAGAUUCAUAACUUGCCUGGUAUGAAUGGCAUGAACAUCCAGGGGAUGGCUGGGGGAGGCAUGAACCCUAACCUCCAUUUGAUGACACAGCAGCAGAACAAAACGGAUGACAACAGUGAAGAAGGUUGCCCAUGCAAUAUGAAAGCCAUGAUAAUGUGCAUGAAGUGCGGUGCAUUUUGUCAUCACGAUUGUAUUAGCCCAGCAAGACUUUGUGUGGCUUGCCUCAUUCGUUGAAGUGCCCACAUUGUAUGUGAAGUAUAUUGUGUUGUCACAGUCACAGCUGCUGUUGAAUUAUUCAUUGUGGUGCUAAUUAUAAAGAAAAGCCAAAUUUUACAGAGCAUUUUGAAGUUCUAGUGGAAACAUGUCCUAUAUGGUACAUGUUUAGAAGGAAUAUGGUCAUAAAGAUAAAGAUUCUUGGGUCCUCUCAGAAUUGUCUCUUAAUGUGCUAAGGAAUCGGAAUUGUAAAGUUUGUUUUAACUCAAAGGCUUCUGGAAAAGUUUUAAAGCAACAGAAUGGAAUAAUGUUUUCAUUGUGUGGAGAUUGAAGUUCCAUAAAACGUUAAAUCAAUUUUAAAGAGAGGCAUAUGUUCUUUUUUCAGUAAUGAAAAAAAUAGAGGCUGCCGAUCAGUUUCUUACAAAAUUGUGAAAACAAGAAUUAGUAGGGAAUUAAUUUGUGUGAAAGUCUCAUAAUAAUGACACAAUGCACAGAGUACAUUUAUUGUCAUGUUAUAAAAAGAGUUAAUUUACAAUUACUACUUGAUGCUGUUUGUUCCCCAGCAUAGGUUUUCACUGGGUUUUACAACAUCACCAGAGGACAAAUUGUUUCAACAUAAUAUGUACACAUGGCAUCUCAUUUUUUGUGCUGCUUGGGUAAGGUACCAGACCUUUCAUAUUAGUAGUUCCCUUUAUUGUUAUUAAAUAAUAACAUUUAAAUUAGAGACCAAUUUUAACAUUUUCUUUGUAAGGGAAUACUCCUAACAUUUGGCCCAAAUCUAACAGUUGUGUACAAGAGAAGCUAUAUCACAUUUGGGCAGGUUACAAAUAUCUGCAAUAGAUUUUGAAUAUUGAGAGAGGCAGCGUGGUCAAUUUGAUUCUCCAUGUUAAGGUAAAAAAUCAGUAAGAAGUGAUUUGAUUUGAGAAAUAUAGGACAUUACCAUCUGGAACUCAUAACACAACAUUGAAAGGUCUUGCUUAAAUUAGUCCAGUGUGCACUUCAUACAAAGAGGUCUGGGCGGUAAUUUUUCAUCCCAUAAAGUUGGUUAAACUGUACAGUAUUUGACUUGAAAAUAAUCGGCAUAUUCAAAAGUGGAGCUUUUGGUGUUUCACUUUACUGAUCGGAUACACUCUUGAGAUUGCCAUCUUUUUUUCAAUUGUUUUCCUGUUUGGUGUUGCUGACUGAUGCUUCUUGGUUUGUUAUCAGAUAUAUUUAUUUUGCAGAAGUCAGAAUUGACAAUGAAACACAUGUACUACAGUCCUUUUUGUCACAUUUGAUUACUAAAUAUGAAAAUUUGGUUAUAAAUGAACGUGUGCAUGGAAUCUCAAAAUAUUUUUAACUAAUCUUAAUUGUUAUCUCAGAAUGAUAAUCCUGUUCAAACUAAAUUCAGUCUUUCUUAGUUUUGGAGCCAUAGAUUUUAUGCCAUAAAUGCAUUUUGCAUGUCUGUGCUGAAUCAAUUAGAUAACAGUAUUCAGGUAUAUUUUUAAGAAACAUAAUUUUUUUUACCUUUUAAUGUAGAGUCUUUAAUAAUUAUGUUAUGAAAAUGGAUUUUUGUAAACCAAAUCAUUUUUAUUUUAUCAGAUUAUUAUUGCCUCAAGCUGUUUUUAUCAGUGAAGCAUUGCUGUAAGGUUUUAUGGUUUUUUUAAUAUUUCUAGCAUCAUUACAGUUUUUUACGUGCUGUUUUUAAUAAUGUUGUAAUGACUGAUUUUAUUCUCAAAAUUUUCAUGUUUUUAGUUAUUAUGAAUUCCCAUUCGUCAUGUAAAAAAUUAAUUUGUUUAGCAUGAUUUCACUUAAUUUAAAUGUUUCAGAUAUUUGUUUAAAUGAGGUAUUUAUUAUUUAUUUUCUUAAUCAUUCGGUCUUUUUGACGGGAGGUGGGAAAUUACGAGUGAGUGGCAUUGAUGUUGGUGUGUUUGCUCAGUAAAAGGACCAAGGCAUUGUCAGUGGGAUGAUCACAGUUCCUCAUUUCUUAUAGAUGGAAAAUAUAAGCAGGGGAAAAUAUAAGCAGGACUGUGAUGGGAAAAAUAGGAUGAAUGUUUCUCUGAAUGUACUGUAUCAUAGUAUACAGUAUGUACAUUGUAUAUAUCUGCCAUUUUGCACAGUAUAUUCAAUGGUGUCUUGCAACUUCUCCUUUUGAAUUCAUAACUUGUCAGAAGGUGAUGCCCAAAAGCCUAUGCAAGCAAUUCAUUACUGGUCAGCUUACUGUGUUUUAGAUAAAAAAAAAAAAAAAGAGAGUGACCAGAUAUGCAAUUUCUUCAUUUCUUUUGUGUGUUGGAAGUUGAUGAUUUGAAUAUUUGAAAUGACUGUGUAGCUCUUUGAUAAUAGAAUUUAUGGUUGUAAAUAAGAUUUAUCGUGAUACUGUAUCAAGAGUAAGAAAUCUGGCAGAGUAAAUGAAUGGGGACAGGGAUCAGUAAUUAGAAACAUAUAAUUCAUACGCAGUAGUUCAAUGUCUCAGUCGUCGCAGGUUGUGAGGACGUGACUGUAUGCAGUAGCAAGGGACAGAAGCAGGGCUAUACAGUACUUCUAGGAUACAACUUUUCGAUUCUAUUGAAUUGACAUGACCUUUACAGUUACAGCAGACUUUCUACCUUGACAAAGGACGGCAUUUGUACAUUACCGUUUUUGUUUUCUUGCCAUUAUCUGUUACUGUUGCUCUUUAGUUUUGGUCAGGUCUGUAUUCAUAGACUGAGGUUCAUUUGUACAGUGGUAGUUGGAGAGAGUGUGAAAUGUUUUUAGCUUUUUAUCAUUAAGACAUGGUCAAUGUUUUCAGUGUUCUGAAAUGUAGAAAAACAGUUCUAUUCCAUUCAGACUUGAAAAGAAAAUGUGCUAGACCAUGUUGAUUAAGAUGUUAAAUAAUUUAAUGCAAUUGUUUGCAUUCUUUCCUUUUAUAUUAAAACUGUAUAUUUUCUUAAAGCAGUCGUGUAAAUAGAUACCAAUGUAUUGUG